GGAGGCGGCCCACGCGCGACGGGACCAGCAGCAUGAGCAGCGGCUACAGCAGCCUGGAGGAGGACUCCGAGGACUUCUUCUUCACCGCCAGGACCUCCUUUUUCAGGAGAGCGCCCCAGGGCAAGCCCCGCGCCGGCCAGCAAGAUGUGGAGAAAGAGAAGGAAACCCACAAUUACCUCAGCAAAGAGGAAAUCAAAGAGAAAGUUCACAAAUACAACUUAGCAGUCACAGACAAGUUGAAGAUGACCUUGAACUCAAAUGGGAUUUACACUGGCUUCAUUAAAGUCCAGAUGGAACUCUGCAGACCCCCACAGACUUCUCCGAGCCUUGGAAAGCUUGCUCCCAGUAGCAAUGGCUGUACGAACACGCUUCACAUCAGCAGCACGAACACCGUGGGGGAAGUGAUCGAGGCCCUGCUCAAGAAGUUUCUCGUGACCGAGAGCCCUGCCAAGUUUGCACUUUAUAAGCGUUGUCACAGGGAAGACCAAGUCUAUGCCUGUAAGCUCUCAGACCGGGAACAUCCGCUCUACCUGCGUUUGGUGGCUGGGCCCAGGACAGACACCCUUAGUUUUUGUUCGUGAGCCUGAGAAAUGGGAGGAGAGUGGGAAGCCUUCAGCCUUCCAGAACUACAGAAUUUCUUGCGGAUCCUGGACAAGGAGGAAGAUGAGCAGCUGCAGAGCCUGAAGAGGCGCUACGCAGCCUACAGACACAAGCUGGAAGAAGCCCUCAGUGAGGUGUGGAAACCCGAUUAAGGCACCGGGUUCCCUGCCGCUCGGGAAGGAAAGGCGCAGGACCUGUGUACAAACCGGCGCAAGGGUCUCUCUCGUCGGAGGGCUGUCUUCUUGCCCCGUGACGCUAGGGUCUUCCCUCUUCGAUCGCUAGAUCUAGUUCCCAAAACCUGGUCACGCAGCGUCCCGCACCUUAGGCAUCUUCUGUAAGGGAUUCUGCAAGCUUGUUCUGUUACGGCACUGCGGUGUUACCUCUCGGCAAGCUGUGAAUCUGUAGUCUCAUCUGGAGCCAUCCAGACUGCUUUGAAGCAUGGACUCUGGGGUUUUUGUUUUUGUUUUUAAGUCCUUACUUUCCUUUAGUUACUUUAAUUAUGUGAUGAUGCUGUUAAGCUGAAGGAUGUGCAAAUGAUUUUUUAAAGGCU